AUGCGCAGCUCACCCUUCUUGGUACUCUUCAACUCGCUGGUCUCGGCAUUGCCUCAAGUCGCAUUUCCCUUCAACUCGCAGGUACCGACACUCGCACGAGAGGACCAAGCCUACGCCUUCCAACUCGCCUCUACUACGUUUGUCUCCGAUGAUGGCAGCGCAUUAGUCUACAGCUUGGCGAGUGCACCUGCUUGGUUAAACCUGGACAGCGCAACACGGACGUUGUAUGGCAAGCCUGGUCAAGGAAAUACUGGUCCGAACGUCUUCAAGAUUGUGGCAACAGCCGAUGAUGGGUCGGUUGCAAUGGAUUGUACUUUGGUGGUGGCAAGCAAUAGUGCUCCGGCUCUGGUGGGCAACAUCUCAGCAGAUUUGGCAAGGACAGGACCCUUGUCAGGUCCAACAACCUUGCUAUUGCAACCAUCAAGCGCCUUUGCAAUCACGUUCUCGAAUAAUCUGUUUGGGGAUUCGGACACUAUCCAGUCUUACUAUGCGACAAUGGCUGAUCGGACACCGCUUCCGUCCUGGCUCAAGUUUGAUAGCAGCUCUCUGACAUUCUGGGGUAUGACGCCUGUGUUGGUGAUGGGAUCACAGACUUAUGAAGUCGACUUCAUUGCGUCGGACGUGGCUGGCUUUGCAGGAGCAACGACAACCUUCAACUUGCUCAUCAGCAGCAAUCAGCUGGCAUUCCACCCACAAACGGAGAAUUUUACGGUUACGCCAGGGGAACCGAUUAUUCUGGGCCCUUUCAUCAAUCAGCUACGUAUCAACAGCGGACAAGUUACGAUCAGCCAGAUGCAGAAAGUGGUUGCAGAGACGCCAGAUUGGCUCAGCUUCCAAAACAGCACUCUCAAGUUGGAAGGAACGCCUUUACACAAUUUCGAGUCUAAAAGCGUAUCCAUCACAGUGACAGAUACAUACGGAGAUACAGCAGUCAAGAAUAUCUUCCUUCAUACCACGAACGCGUCGCUGUUCAACGAUGAGGUUGGAAAUCAGACUGCGACAGCUGGAAAACCGUUCGCUUACACGUUCGGUCAGCUCGUAUUGACUCAGAGUGCUACAAGUCUCAGUGUCGAUGUUGGCUCUGCCUCCUGGUUGCAGUAUGAUGCGAGCAAACGCAAGCUUCAGGGCAUACCACCAACCACAUCCAAAGCUUCAGCAAACAUCAUCACAGUGACUGCAUCGUCGGGUUCGCAAUCCGAGACUCAGAUAUUCUACAUCAACCUGAAAGCAGCUGCAGCUCUCGACUUCGACCUCCUCUUCCUCGACCACAGCCUCGCCCACGAAACCCAAAGAUAA